CUAGAAAGAGCCUUUGAAAUACAUUCUAUCUUUUUCAUCUUAUUUUUCUAAAUUUGUGAUUUAUAUCACAUAUUAACAUAUUUCUUUAACAUAUUUAUAGUUUCCAAAUUUACUAUAAUGGCACAAAUUAAGGAAAAGACACUAGUUUUAGUUGGACGUACUGGUAAUGGAAAGAGUGCGACAGGAAAUAAUAUUCUAGGAGAAACACAUUUCAAGUCAAGGACAGGUGCCUCUGGUGUAACACGGAUUUCUGAAAUGAAGCAAACUACUACAAAUGAUGGACAAAUUAUUAAUAUUAUUGAUACUCCAGGACUAUUUGAUGGAACUAAAGCUGUCGGAGAUGAAAUAAUCAAAUGUAUUGAUAUGGCUAAAGAUGGAAUUCAUGCUGUGAUUUUAGUAUAUUCUUGUAGAAAUCGUUUUACAGAAGAAGAACAUGCUACUUUUCUUACUUUGAAAACUUUAUUUGGAGAAAAAAUCGUUGACUACAUGAUUAUAGUAUUUACUGGAAAAGAUGACUUAAAAGCUGAUGGACAAACAUUUGAAGAUUACUUAGCUAAUCAACCGGAAAAAACUCUCCAGGAUAUAAUCGUUUCAUGUGACAAUCGAAAAGUACUUUUCAAUAAUAGAAGUACUGAUAAAAAGGAGCAAAGGAAACAAGUUCAAAAACUUCUUAGUUUUGUAGAUGCAGUUGUAUUAAAAAAUGGAGGACAACCUUUUACAAAUGAAUUAUUCAAAAGAUUGAAGGAGAGAGCAACUGCAACUGAAAAAGCAGAAACAGCUAGAAUGAAAAAACGUCUACAAAAAAGAUAUGAUAUUAUGCUUGAACGAAUGGCUCGUGAAAUGAAAUUAAAGUUGGAGGAAGAACUUGGCAAGCUUAGACAAUUGUUAGAAGAAGAAAGGAGUGCAAGACUUGCAGCUGAGGAAAAUUAUAAAUCAUUCCAAUUUUCAUCGAAUAAAGAAAUUCAAAAACUGAGAUGGGAUCUUAAUGAGGCAAAUAGUAAGAGAUGUGCCAUUCUCUAAUUAUGAUACAUUCAAAUAUUUCUAUUUUACCUU